GUUGACAAUUAACCACCUUAAAUAUUGCCAUUAUAAGCCCCAAAAAAAAAAAAAACAAAAGAGAGAAAAGAACAGAAAAAUAAAUGGGGAAGAAAAUGGAUGAAUGGAUGCCUAUGCCGAUGCCACCGUUUGUCCGUAGCAUCAUAGCCUCGCUGCUAAGCAACGCCGACAACUCCUUCCUCUUAUUGGCCCAAAAAUACAAACUAAUCCAAAUGCUGCGUUACAUUCUCCUAACCUCCUACGUCUUCUUCCUCCGUUUCCUUCCCUCUGUCUUUCUCGACAAAUACGACGCCUUUAAGGUCAAGCCUUCACACAAAUACGCACAUGACACGCGAAACGAUACCGCAAUAGGGCGAGUGCUUUCGCAGCUGCUAUACACUCUAAACAACAUCCCGGUCAGCUCCAGAAAAUAUCAAGUGGUUCAGUCCCUGGCAGAGAGGAUAAUCAACGACAAUCACGAAAGUGGCGUUCACGCGCUGCACGAGGUCAACCGCGUGGUUCUGUCUGCAGCGUUUGCCAAGACACUGAGACAGCUUGAAACGAGGAAAGGAGAGGGUGAGGAUGGAGAGUACUACGCGAUGAGGCUGGGGCAAGUGGUGAGGGCGAUUGGUUGGAUGGUGAUGGGAGGAGAGGGGAGCCUGUCAGGGGUGCCGGCGGAGAAGCUAGCGGUGGAGUUGCUGUGGCUGGCUCAGAAGAUGGCGGCGUGUGGAUGUGUGGAGGAAUCUAUUUGGCGGAUGGCGGCGGCCUCUCGUCUGGGUUUCCUCGCUCUUACCGCUGACCCGCAUCUUCAGUCUUCCCUUGUGAAACUUGCAGCAUUCUUGUUAAAGGAAGCCAAAGAUGUGGGCCUAGAUGAAAUAGAGGAUAGAAAGAUGAAGCUUCAUAUGCAAGUCAAGUUAAAGAUGUUACAGUCAUGGCUUCCAUUGUUGUGCAGGGCCAGCAGCAAUGGCGCUGAUGCCCCAGCAUUAAGCAUCAGCGAGAAGGCUGAGUUAGAGAAGGUGUUGGAGGACAUUAUAGAGGAGUUGGAACAAGAGGAGCAGGAGCAGGUUCUUUCCCUUUGGCUCCACCAUUUUACACUCUGCCCCUCCUCUGACUGGCCAAACCUCCAUGCAUGCUUUGCUCGUUGGUGCAGUGCAUAUCGUAAGCAGUUGUUGCUUGAAUGAAAAUCCAAAUUAGAGAAUGUAGAUGCCUAUGCUUUGCAAUUCAUAUCAAACCAUUAUAUUUAUCCGGCUACCCUGUAGUUUUCAGAUAGAGAUAAUGUAGACAUUGAUUUUAUAAUUAAAAAUGUGGUAUCGUUUUACUAUUGAUAUAUUUGGCAGCUUUAACUUUUUGAGCCACUGCUAGGUUGGUUAAAAUUUCACAUUAAGGGGGAUAUGGA